UACGGUUCAUUGCGGGUGUCAAAUGAAUAUAGCACAAUGAAUGAAGACAGUAGAAAUAUCGGCAGGUGGAUGAUGGAGGCUUCUAACAACACAUUUUCUCAGGUAGUUAGUUUACUAAAGUCAUGGAUCCCUUGGCGAUCAGAGCCUGCUAAUGUAUCAGUCGAUUUUUGGAUGCCCGAUCAUAGCUGCAGGGUAUGCUAUGAUUGUGAUGCCCAGUUCACGUUGUUUAAUCGUAGACACCAUUGUCGACUUUGUGGCCGAGUUUUCUGUGCCAAGUGUACUGCAAACUCAGUUCCAGCUCCGUCUUAUGAUCCAAUGAUCCCCUUAGAAGAGCAGGAGACAGUUAGGGUAUGUGAUUAUUGUUUCAACCAGUGGAGGUACGGCUUGAUUACUAAUGAUGGUCGAGUCUGGGUGCCCAACCAGGAUUUUAAUUCCUCAAUGUUGGCCCGUAGUUUUACCAGAACUAAAUCUGGUGGCCUCAGCUCUGUGCCAUAUCAAGGUGGGCAAUAUCAACAUUUGCAUCAUAGGUCUAUUCUCAGCCCUCGUUCGGCAAUGAAGAAAGGCAUGCGUCGGCCUAUCCUGAAAACACCAAGGUUUAGCAAAGAUCUUAUUAUGGAUGCAGAAGAUCCGUCUUCAAGCCAAUAUGAGUUUUCAUGGAACAGCAUUGGGCUCGAUGGUGAGGACGAUGAGUACAACUCGUAUUUGUCUGAUUUCUCUGAAGAUAAUGGGUACUAUACGCCUCUUAGUUUUGAUGAGAUGAGCAAAAAUGAUGGAUCACACAAAUUUCAUUCUGAUGAAGAAAAUGUUGACUCAAAAAGUUCCGAACGAUUAUUGACUGAAAAGGUUUGGAUUGAUGAUGAGGACAAUGAGUACCGCUUAUAUUUGUCUGAUUCUGAGACAUUGCAUUACUCUGAUGAUGAUGGCUACUAUACUCCUACUGACUUCGAUGAAAUUAGCAAUGAUGAUGACGAGCCACAAAAAGUUCAUCCUGAUGGAGAAAAUAUCGACUCAAAAAGUUUAAGCAGUUCUCCAGUGAACCAGGUUCCUUCACCGAGUUCGGAAGGAAUAUCACAGUCUGUGAAGAAAGAUGAACAUGAUGGUGAUGAAUGUGAAGCAUUACCUUCACUAUAUCCUGCUGAGCCUGUAGAUUUUGAAAAUGAUGGACCUCUUUGGCUCCCUCCCGAACCAGAAGAUGAAGAUGAUGAGAAGGAAGCUGCUCUGUUUGAUGACGAGGAUGAUACAGAUGGUGCAGGAGACUGGGGGUAUUGGCACAAGACAAGCAGCUUCGGAAGUGGGGAAUCUCGCUCUAGGGAUAAAUCGACUGAGGAGCAGAAAAAAGUAACAAAGAAUAUUGUUGAUGGACAUUUUAGGGCCUUGAUUGCUCAGCUUUUACAGGUAGAGAACCUUCCUGUGGGUGAUGAAAAUAGUAAAGAUAGCUGGUUGGAGAUCAUCACCGCUCUUUCUUGGGAGGCCGCUUCGCUUUUGAAGCCAUACACCACCAAAGGGGGAGAGAUGGACCCUGGUGGAUAUGUUAAAGUGAAAUGCAUAGCUUCUGGAUAUCGCAAUGAGAGUAUGGUUGUCAAAGGAGUUGUUUGCAAGAAAAAUGUUGCUCAUCGUCGAAUGACUUCAAAACUAGAGAAACCUCGAUUGAUGAUCCUUGGUGGAGCUCUUGAAUACCAGCGGGUCUCUAACUUAUUGUCAAGUUUUGAUACUUUGUUGCUGCAGGAAAUGGAUCAUUUGAAGAUGGCUGUUGCAAAGAUACAUGCACAUAAACCUCAUAUCCUUCUAGUGGAGAAAUCGGUUUCUCGAUUUGCCCAGGAAUAUCUUCUUGAGAAAGACAUAUCACUUGUUCUCAACAUCAAGAGGUCAUUAUUAGAACGCAUUGCACGCUGCACAGGUGCUCAAAUAAUCCCUUCAAUUGAUCAUCUGUUUUCUCAGAAGCUGGGAUACUGUGAAAAGUUCCAUGUUGAGAGGUUCAGGGAAGAUUUUGGCUCUCCUGGACAAGGAGGGAAGAAAUUGGCCAAGACGCUAAUGUAUUUUGAAGGCUGCCCUAAGCCAUUGGGUUGCACUAUAAUACUUAGGGGUGCAAAUGGAGACGAAUUGAAGAAAAUCAAGCAUGUAGUUCAAUAUGGAAUCUUUGCAUCUUAUCAUUUAGCUUUGGAGACAUCAUUUCUUGCCGAUGAAGGAGCCUCUCUGCCAGAAUUCCCAAACUCUCCAAUGGCCGUGGCACUUCCGGAUAAACCAUCAACCAUUGCAAGAUCCAUAUCAACAGUUCCUGACUUUGCUACUGCCAAUAUAAAGUCCCAGGGACCUCAGCAUUUUAGUGGACCACAAAGGGCUAAUAGUGUUCUAUCAGCAAUCGUCGGUCGUAAUAUUCAGAAGAUAGAAGAGGCUCCAGCAUCUUUUUCAAGUAAAGAUAUAAGCCUGUGGUCUGUACAACCCACUUUGAAAGAGUCUAGUGCCCUUGUAUCAUCUACUUCUGAGAAAACUCCAGAUGUGUUUUCCAAGAAAAGUGAAAUGGGUACCAAAGAUUCCUCAAUGAGGGAAAUUUCUGUGGACAAAAAUAAGUCAUCUUUCAUGAAUAGUGGUGUUCGUCGAACAGAAUCUUCGGCACACAUGAAUUCAGAGGCAACAUCUGUGCAACAAGAUGGUAAAAACCAUAAUAACCAGUCUGUGUCAAAACCAUUAAAAGAAGUGUUUCCUUCUGCGCCUUCUGAUAAUCAGAGCAUUUUGGUGUCAUUAUCAUCUCGAAGUGUGAGGAAAGGGACUGUCUGCGAAAGAUCCCAUCUCUUUCGUAUCAAGUACUAUGGCAGUUUUGAUAAACCUUUGGGUCGGUUUUUGAGGGAUCAUUUAUUCGAUCAGAGUUACAGAUGCCCUUCUUGUGACUUGCCUUCAGAAGCACAUGUUCACUGUUAUACUCAUCGACAAGGAACACUAACCAUGUCUGUUAAGAAACUCACUGAAAUUUUCUUGCCUGGUGAAAAAGAGGGCAAGAUCUGGAUGUGGCAUAGAUGCUUGCAAUGUCCUAGGACCAAUGGUUUUCCUCCGGCAACUUUCAGAAGAGUGAUGUCUGAUGCUGCAUGGGGUUUAUCAUUUGGGAAGUUUUUGGAGCUUAGCUUUUCAAACCAUGCAGCUGCGAGCAGGGUUGCAAGCUGUGGCCAUUCAUUACAUAGAGAUUGUCUUCGUUUCUAUGGAUUUGGGAGAAUGGUGGCUUGCUUUCGGUAUGCAACAAUUGAUGUUCAUUCCGUCUGCCUCCCGCCUCCAAAACUUGAGUUUUACCAUGAGAGUCAGAAAUGGAUACAGCAAGAAACAGAUAAGGUGACUAACCAGGCAGAGCUUCUGUUUUCUAAAGUACUAAAGUUCCUGAAUCAAAUUGCUGAAAAACAAACCAGCUCAGGGCCACCUGGUAGUGACACGAAAACUUCUGAUUUGAGAGAUCAAAUUACUGAACUAGAAGGAAUACUACAUAACGAGAAGCUGGAGUUUGAUGAGUCAAUGCAAAAAGCUUCGGAAAGGGAAGUGAGAAAAGGACAACAUGUUGUGGACAUCCUUGAAAUAAACCGGUUGCGUCGGCAGUUACUUUUCCAAUCUUAUAUGUGGGAUCAACGCCUGGUUUUUGCAGCUAAACUAGAAAAUUACAUCCCCCGGAACUGUUUCAGCAAUUUGAUUACAGGACAUGAAGAGAAACCGGUUAUUGAUAUUGAAAAGGUCAAGGACAUGGAUACAUUGGAACAUGGAAAAGGAUCUGAAUCUGGUGACUCUACUGUGGUGGAUGCAAAGCUCAAUGCUAAUCAGUCAGAUGCAGUCCAUCAAGAACCAGACAUGAACAAAAGUUCAAAUUGUGGAAAUAAAGACUAUGGCAAUAUUUCUGCUAGCCAAAGCAUGUUUGACCAAUAUGACAAUGAGAAACCAAAGGCAAAUGUUCGCAGAGCCAUGUCUGAAGGUCAGUUUCCUGUCAUAGAAAAUUUAUCAGAUACCCUUGAUGCUGCUUGGACUGGAGAAAUUCAGCGAGGACCUGUAUUAUCCAAGAAAAAUUCGUUUUCACUUCCUGAUAUUGCUGCUGUAGAUUUGGAAGACCGUUCUGAAGAAAAUAUUGUGCCAAAGGUUAUUUGUUCUCCUUCCCCUACAUUGUUCAAUAUAGGUUCUGAAAAUAUGGAAGAAUUUGUUAGCUGGUUAAAAAUGCCUUUCUUGAGUUUCUAUCGUUCAUCUUCGAACAAAAACUUUUUAGGAAGUUCUUCAAAGCUUGAUACAUUAAAAGUGUAUGAUCGGUUCAAUAUUUCAUCGUUUAGAGAGUUGGAACUGCAAGGUGGGGAUAGGCUGCUUCUUCCGGUGGGUGUUAAUGACACUGUUAUUCCAGUUUAUGAUGAUGAGCUCACAAGCACCAUAUCGUAUGCUCUAGUAUCACCUGAAUACCAUUUCCAGAUAAGUGAUGAACGGGAUAGGCCUAAAGACUGGGGGGAUUCAAUGGCAUCAUCAUCCUUCUCUGAUUCAGUGAAUUUUCAGUUGGCCCAUUCUGUUGACAAUAUACCCUUUUAUCCUCAGAGAAGUUUCGGUUCAGCAGAUGACCUUGCUGGAAGCCGAAGCUCCCUGAUUAUGGAUCCACCCUCGAGUAUGAAGUCUUUGCAUGUCCGGGUUUCAUUCGGAGAAGACGGAUCAGAUAAAGUGAAAUAUACGGUUACUUGUUACUAUGCAAAGUGGUUUGAGACAUUAAGGAAAGUAUGUUGCCCAUCAGAGCUAGAUUUCAUAAGGUCUCUGAGUCGCUGUAAGAAGUGGGGAGCUCAGGGUGGUAAAAGCAACGUUUUCUUUGCAAAGACCUUGGAUGACCGGUUUAUCAUUAAACAAGUCACAAAGACAGAGUUGGAAUCAUUUAUAAAACUUGCACCUAAAUAUUUCAAUUACUUGUCUGAAGCAAUUAGAUCUAGAAGUCCAACAUGCCUGGCAAAGAUUCUCGGUGUUUAUCAGGUUACGAGAAAGCAACCUAAAGGUGGUAAAGAAUCAAGGAUGGAUGUUUUGGUUAUGGAGAAUCUUCUGUUUAGAAGAAAUGUCACGCGGCUAUAUGAUCUCAAAGGAUCCUCUAGAUCUCGUUAUAAUCCUGAUUCUAGUGGAAGCAACAAGGUUCUGCUAGAUCAGAACUUGAUCGAAUCAAUGCCGACUAACCCUAUUUUCGUGGGUAAUAAAGCGAAGCGUGUGUUGGAAAGAGCAGUCUGGAAUGACACUGCUUUCCUCGCAUCGAACGACCUCAUGGAUUACUCAUUACUGCUUGGAGUGGAUGAAGAGAAGCAUGAGUUAGUUAUCGGAAUCAUCGAUUUCUUGAGGCAGUAUACCUGGGACAAGCAUCUUGAAACUUGGGUGAAGGCUUCAGGCAUCCUUGGCGGGCCGAAGAAUGCAUCGCCAACCGUAAUUUCGCCCGAACAAUACAAGAAAAGGUUCAGGAAAGCAAUGUCAACUUAUUUUCUAAUGAUCCCGGAUCAGUGGUCUCCUCCCACCGUUCCAAGUAAAUCUGAGUCAGAUACAGGUCAAGAGAAGGGCCAGCGUGGUGCCUCAGCCAAGUGAUUCUGUGAGUCUGUGUCAUUGAACGUUCAAAAUUAUAAUUUGGGAUUUAGCUCUUCCAUUCUACUUUUUCCUUGUUCAUAUCAUUUUUUCCAUUUUU